AUGGAAGAGCUGAGGCAGCCCCACUCGUUGCCUUUGCCCAGCCCUGCGCACCAGGAGGAAACAGACGAAAGGACAAGCCUAGUUUAUAAACGGAGGAAUAAAGAAGGAACUAGUAACCUCUCAUCAGCUGUUUUUAACAUUAUCAACUCUAUCAUAGGAUCUGGCAUAAUAGGCCUUCCUUAUUCUUUGAGGGAAGCUGGCUUUCCCUUAGGAAUAUUGCUGCUGUUGGGUGUGGCCUACAUCACAGAUUAUUCCAUUAUCUUGCUGAUUAAAGGCGGGAGCCUAUCUGGUGCAAACAGCUAUCAGUCGCUGGUCAAUAAAACAUAUGGCUUUAUGGGGUACCUUCUUCUUUCAGCUCUUCAGUUUUUAUACCCCUUUAUUGCAAUGAUUAGCUACAACAUUAUAACAGGAGAUACUUUGACAAAGGUUUUUCAGAGAAUUCCUGGAGUUGAUCAGGAUAAUAUACUUAUUAGUCGCCAUGUCAUCAUUGUGUGUGUCACCCUCAUCUUCACUCUUCCUCUAUCUCUUUAUCGGAAUAUAUCAAAACUGGGGAAGGUAUCUUUUCUCUCUUUGGUUUUAACAGUCGUCAUCCUGGUUGUUGGGAUCAUAAGAACAAUUACGUUUAGUUCUCAGAUACCCCAAACAGAAGAUGCCUGGGAGUUUGCAAAGCCAAACGCAAUCCAAGCCAUUGGGGUGAUGUCAUUUGCAUUCGUUUGCCACCACAAUAGUUUCUUAAUUUAUGGCUCUCUGAAAGAGCCCACGUUAAGCAACUGGGCUCGCGUGACACACGUGUCUGUUUCCUUUGCUGUGUUCAUCAGCUUGGUGUUUGCUGUCUGUGGAUAUGUGACAUUCAGGGGAUAUACGGAAGGAGACAUAUUUGAAAAUUAUUGCAGAGAUGAUGACCUUGCUAUGUUUGGAAGGUUUUGUUAUGGGGUCACUGUCAUCCUGACUUUCCCAUUAGAAUGCUUUGUUACCAGAGAGGUCAUGGCCAAUGUGUUUUUCAACGGGAAACUCACAACUGCUUGGCACGCCACCUUGACAAUUGUAGUGGUGGUUGUGGCUACAAGCAUCUCUUUAGCAUACGACUGCCUGGGAAUCGUUUUGGAGCUGAACGGGGUCCUCAGUGCUACUCCGCUGGUCUUCAUCCUGCCAGCAGCCUGUUACCUGAAGCUGUCUGAAGAGCGAUGGAUCCAUCCUGAUAAGCUUCUCUCUGCACUGAUCCUCACUGUAGGUGUGCUGGUGAUGAUCGUUGGCUUUGUGAUGACAGUCCUGCAUCCCCAGGAGUGCGGCCAUGGAAAAGAAAUGCCGUACUGCUUCCCUGGAAACUCUUCCCUCUACAAUAACACACCUCCAUCUUCUCAGCCAACUCAACAACCCUCAGUUUAA